AUGAAGCCAGAAACCGGGAAGUACCACCACUUAUCAUGCGAGAUCAAGGAUGACCUGGGCAAAGCAUUCGGCGAACUGAUUGAAUAUGCGAAUGCGAAUAUUCAGGGACUAACGUUAAAGGGGACCGUGGAAGCACAGCUCAUGUUCGAGCUGAAAUGCCCUGAAUUUUCGUUGGACAUCAAACUGCCGGAUGAUCAGCCGAUUCUACCGCUUUUGGACAAACUACUCGCCGAAUGGAAAUCCGGCCAUCGGGAUAUUGAAAGGAUCAGUAUUUAUUUGCUCCCUCUUGAGGAGCGACUGGUCCGUGCCAUCCGCAUGGAAUUCCAUCGUAGCAGGAAUCACGCGCAGAAUUUUCAUAGCCAGAUGCGCCGGGAUGGUAGGACCGAAAUGCGCCGGGCCGAUGGCGAAGAAAUUCGAAUUUGCUAUGAACAUGAUUUUGAUGCACUGAACGGCUUUAUAAUUACCAAUACCAACCAUUGGUAU